GCGGCGCUUCCGGGGCGACGCGGUCGGUGCUGGAGGCCGAGGUCCUGGGAAUCCCGCGCCCGCCGCGGAGCCUGUCAGCGCGGCCCGGAGGCUGUGUCCCCGAUCGCGCCCCGGGGCGCCCCCGGCUUCGGCCAGACUCGAGCUCCCCAGCCCAGCGCGGCCCCCAGGGGCACCCUGUGCCGCCUCUGCCCUGCACCACCGCCCGGAGUGCGCCGUUAGACGCGCAGCGGCUCAGAGUUUGGCCCAGAUGAGGAGCAACAGGGACCAGGGCCCCCUCGCCGCCACUCCGGUGGCCCCGACAGUGCGGGAGCUGCCCGUGAAGAGGGUUUGGCUGGGACAGGCCCUGCUGGUCCUAAAGGGGUUAGAGCCGGCUAGCCUGGAUCUCCCCCUCCCCCGGCUGCCUGGAGGGGCGGCUCCUUUAACCCUUUACUAGGCUUGUGGGGGGUGGGGCAGAGAGCUGAGCCCGCUGUGCCCAGGACGGGGGUCCGAAGGGCGGAGCUCGGGUGCAGGACCACCGAGUGGAGCUGGCGGAGGUGGACUGGCUGGCACGUUCGUGCUCCCUGGGCUCUGGGGGAGUUCCUUGGUGGGGGGAGGCACUGGCACAGCCCUCUCACAGGCUGGCGUUGGCAUCCAGGGCCUCGGAGGCGUGGUCUCCAGCCGGGCUUUCCCAGUUGGAUCCAGGCCUUUGAAGUGGGGUGCAGAGCUGUCCCUACUGCUAAGGCCUAUGCAGCGACGCCCUGCAGCGUCUUCAAGGGAGGGGGUGUCUUCAAGCAGGGUCAGCAUGGAUCUGAGACCCACGUCCAGCCUCAGCUCAGCCUUCCUCCCUGGGGGCCACUAUUUCAGCACCCUCAGUAUGGCAUCGUGCUGGAUGCUGGCUCUUCACACACAUCCAUGUUUGUCUACAAGUGGCCGGCGGACAAGGAGAAUGACACAGGCAUAGUGGGCCAACACAGCUCCUGUGAUGUUCGAGGUGGGGGCAUCUCCAGCUAUGCAGACAACCCAUCUGGGGCUGGCCAGAGUCUCGUUGAAUGCCUUGAACAGGCGCUUCGCGAUGUGCCCAAAGAGAGACACGCAGGCACGCCCCUCUACCUGGGAGCCACAGCGGGCAUGCGCCUGCUCAACCUGACCAGUCCAGAGGCCUCAGCCAAUGUGCUGGCAGCAGUGACACAGACGCUGACCCAGUACCCCUUUGACUUCCGCGGUGCACGCAUCCUCUCAGGCCAGGACGAGGGGGUGUUUGGCUGGGUGACUGCCAACUACCUGCUGGAGAACUUCAUCAAGUACGGCUGGGUGGGCCGGUGGUUCCGGCCAAGGAAGGGGACGCUGGGGGCCAUGGACCUGGGGGGUGCCUCCACACAGAUCACCUUCGAGACAGCCAGUCCAGCUGAGGACCCAGCCAGUGAGGUCCAGCUGCGGCUCUAUGGCCAGCAUUACCGCGUGUACACCCACAGCUUUCUCUGCUAUGGCCGCGACCAGAUCCUCCGGAGACUGCUGGCCAGUGCCCUCCAGACCCACGGCUUCCACCCCUGCUGGCCGAGGGGCUACUCUACCCAAGUGCUGCUCCAGGAUGUGUACCAGUCCCCGUGCACCGUGGCCCAGCAGCCCCAGGCCUUCAACAGCAGCGCCAGGGUCAGCCUAGCGGGGAGCAGCGACCCCGCCCUCUGCCGCGACCUUGUCUCCAGGCUCUUCAGCUUCUCCUCCUGCCGCUUCUCCCGAUGCUCCUUCAAUGGGGUCUUCCAGCCCCCCGUGGCUGGGAACUUUAUCGCCUUCUCUGCCUUCUUCUACACCGUGGACUUCCUGAGGACUGUGAUGGGGCUGCCUGUGGUCACCCUGCAGCAGCUGGAGGCGGCCACAGUGACCGUGUGCAACCAAACCUGGGCUGAGCUGCAGGCUCGGGCGCCAGGGCAGCGGGCUCGCCUGGCCGACUACUGCGCGGGGUCCAUGUUCGUGCAGCAGCUGCUGAGCCGGGGCUACGGCUUCGACGCGCGCACCUUCGGCGGCGUGGCCUUCCAGAAGAAGGCCGCGGACACGGCUGUCGGCUGGGCGCUCGGCUACAUGCUCAACCUGACCAACCUGAUCCCCGCCGACCCGCCGGCGCUGCGCAAGGGCACGGACUUCAGCUCCUGGGUCGUCCUGCUGCUGCUCUUCGCGGCUGUGCUCCUGACCGCGCUCUGUCUGCUGCUGCGCCAGCUGCGCGCCGCCAAGUCGCCGGGCCGCAUCUAGGGUCGGGCGCGUGCCGCUGCCCCACCGCUGCGCCCCCUCC